CACACACCCACACCACAUACACCACUGUCACGCGCCAUGCCGCCGACUCCCCUAGCAUCUAUCCGGACUUCGUUCUCACGAAACAGUCUUCCAGCUUUAAGAAGUCGUCGGAGCGGCUCGAGUAUGAACUCUCGCAGAUCAACAUGUAUUCGGCGUGCCCGUCGACCCGCUCGAGCCGGUCGGGCGGGUCGCUCCUCCUCGAGGAGGUUGAAGAUGCGCCUCGGGCUAAGUUGAUCUGGCGUCGAAGCGCCAGCUGCCGGAAUCUCCGCGAUUUUAGCUUUGAUGACGCCGGUAGGUCGAAACGCAGAGGGAAACAGAAACGUGACACGCGUAGUAUGGUCGCCGAUUUGGACACGUACUAUUCUACGGGUGGACGGAUCGAUUCUCCUAUCACGAGAUAUGACGACGCGCGUACUUUAGCGUUCGUUCUUGGCACUCAGAACUCCAUAGAGGCGCAGAGGGAGAUGAUAGGCCGCACUUACUCUUCUAGCUUCCCGGGCGCUAUUAGUGAACCUAGAUUAGACGCACCCACGUUUGUACGUAGUGGCUCUCAGGAUGACAUUUCGCAUGACAGUUACGAAGUCAUCGAAAGAUCUGAUGACGAAUCUGAGAAUCCUAGAUACGCCAGGAUUCAACCACGCUCCAUGAUUCACACUCGUUCGUGCUCGUUGGACUCUGGUAAUGAUUUGCCUUCGGACGAUGAUCAGUCUCUGUCUCAUCUGUCCGAAUGCGAAGAUCAGGAAGCGAUAGGCUUGGGUUCAGUUAAAUACAAGAGCGACAAUGACAUUCCUCUCGAUCCAUUUCUUUUGGAUGAUCCGAGGGUGUUGCCACGAGAGAAACUUUCCGUCAGAUCUGAUGGUAGUUUCUAUAAAGAGAUCAAACGUGCACUCGGCUCGAGAACUUCUAGUCAAGAAUCCAAAAGUGAUAUCUAUGAAAAGAUUUCUAAAAGCAGCGCUGAAUCGAGUAAGAAGUCUCGAGACAGUGUCUACCACACAGAUAGUAAGAAGUCCCGUGAGACUAUCAAGAGCAAGAGCUCUGACCGAUCGGGAUCUAGAACAUCUAGUCAAGAUUCCAAGUCAGAUUACUAUGACUGUAAGAAGAAUUUGUAUGAGGUUGAAGAAAUGAAUAGGCGACGUAGCUCGGCUAGUAUUCAUAAUGCUUAUAUUGACCCAUUCGAGCCGAUAUCGCCAUCUUCUAGUCCAGAUUCAGGAAAAGAUUUCUACGAUGCUCAACCUACGUUUAUCGGCAUGGAAAAACCAGAAUAUAGGGAGAAAACGCUCUUUGAUAAGUCUCAUGAAGACUUGAUUGCAAAUCUUGUUACUUCCCCGAACUUUUAUCAUAUCCCAACUCCUUACUCUACAUUCCCGAGUAAUAGUAGACAUCACAAGGAACCUAGCCCAUUGCAUUCUGCGAGUUUGCAACACGUUGAUAUGGAGCUGUAUGGCCAGUAUUCAGACUCAAGUCCACCAAAGAAAUGCGAUGACUUAUCUACUGAAGAAGAAGACAUGCAAAUGGCACCAACGACACAUAUUUGGCCCGAAAAAAUUGCAGGCCUAGACACAGAAAUUGAUACUCGUGCUGCAAAAAUAAUGCAGUACCAGCGACGUCGUUCUUCAGAAACAGUUUUCAGUUUCGACAAAGAUAAAAUCGAAUCUUUGACUCGUUCGACGAGCAAAGAAUCUGCUCCUCCUUCAUCACAUCUUGUCAAAGAGUCUUCGAACGAAUCUGACGUAAAUGUACGUGUUCUGCCUGCAAUGGACAGUAUAGAAUAUGCUAAAAACAAGGCUCACAAAGCGGCUGGUAUUUCUGGUACACCGUCUAUCCUUCAAUCUGAGUUUGAUAAGAGUAUGCGUGGAAAGGUUUACACGCAUAUUAUAAAAAAGGAGAACUUAAAAGAAGAACUAAUGGCUAAAACUCACUUUGACGAAUACAAUCCGAAACUUAUACUGGACACUAGUUCGAGUAGUCGUCUUGCAGAUACAGCUGUGCCAUAUACUCAUCCUACUGUAGAAAGAACUAAGAGUGAUCCAAAUAGUCUAGCAAAUAGACCUCGAUUUAGCAGUGUGAACUCUCGUAGACACGUCUUAAUGCAUCAGAAGUCUAUAGAUUUGACUCCGGCAGAAUCUAGUGAUGAAGACUACAUGUUUCGACAAAUACCAAGUGCACCACCAAUUGCGACUAAGCGAUCUCACUUCGAACUACCAUCACGGAUGCCUGAUCAUAUUCGACCACCUUUCGAUUUGCCAAAGAAUUACUUUAAAGAAUUCGACGCUUUCAAAGCUGGAUUUAAAGAUAAUAAGAAAUCGGACGAUGGAUAUGACAUUCCUUACGUCUUGCAUAAAAGGCACGUCAUGAAUGGAACUGCUCCUUCGCCAAUGGAUGAUAAGAGACCGCCACCUGAUAUCAUAAUGCUUCCGCCACAAAACGGUCGACAUAUUGUCAGUGCUCAUCCUAGGUGCAAAUAUCACGACCAUCCUAAAUCGCCUCGCUCGCCCAAGUCACCGAAAUCUCCAAAAUCACCCAAGUCUCCGAAGUCUCCUAAAUCUCCUAAGUCACCAAAGUCGCCGAAAUCCCCGAAGUCACCAAGAAGCAGCAUUCAAGUUGACCAUAGUUCUAAAUUCUUGGAAGUAGAAAAUCGCGAUUUCUUAUUUACUCAAAAUAUUGACUUGUCUAAAGUGGAUCCAGUUACUUUGGAAGUUGACAAAAGCGGUCAACUACAACACAUACCAAGUCCUAAAAGAGACAUUACUAAACAUUUAGAUCCGGCACUGCUUGAAACUUUAAACUCUAAAUUGAGUCAAAUUGAAAGUGAUUCGGCUACAAGUUCAAAGACGGAUAGUAUUCGUCAAGAAACACAGUAUAGUCAUGACAUAAAGUUCGCAAUAAAUGGGCGCAAUGUGUCGCAACCACCGAUUUGUAAAGAUCCUAAACCAAUGACUGCUGCCGAAAAACUACGCGCUGAUAUUAAAUCAAAAUCUGAUAAAAUGCCACCCAAACGAGGACCGAAAACAAAAGGCAAAAAAGGUCCUGGUAGCAAAAUUAAAGGAAAAGGUAGUAAUAAGAUCAGAAUCACUUCCUUUUCUUCUGAUGAUGAGAGCGUUGAUUCUGAUGACGUGUUUGGUACAACUGAAGCAGCACCAAAGCUGGAGUUUUCUCCGCCGCAGUCCCGUAAAGAACUUGAGCCUAUACUUCAACUUGAAUAUGACAAAAUUACUUCUGGUGCUUGGCAUAGAGGCCAAACAAUGAGUUCGACUGAAAUAGAAGGGUCGCCUCCACAAUGUAGGAAGUUGGCAGAGCUUGAAGCGAAAUACAAUCCUCAGGUUCUUGAAACUGUCAUCGGUAACGCAACCGAGCUGAGACGUAUUUCAGAACGUUCAAUAUCUAUUCCAAGCUCUGAAGACGAUGUAGCUAUCAAAAUACCAGAAGUAAAACAGCUCAGCAAAGAAAAUUCAUCAACAUGGGAGUAUAACGAAAAUAUACCUUCUCCAAUACUUGAGAGUACAGAAUUUUUGAAAUCUGAUGAGGAGCAUUUAGCUGAUAUGGAGAUACAAAAAGUGACUGGUAUUCGCACCCAAUCAGAGGAAAAGAGUGAUUUUAAAGAGGAACGGAAAGACUUCUCCAGGCUAGAUGUAAAGAAAAGCUUGCGAGACGAAUUAAUUUCACCGAUGCUCCGCAAACCAGGUGGGACGCCUAUCCUAUUUGCUCAUGCUAGGUUGAACCUCUCUGAAGGCUCCGUAUUUUCCCUGCAACGGCAGAAAGCUACUCAAGAUUCUCCCACUGCUAGUCGUAGAGCCAAAAGCUUAGACACGCCUGUUAUACAACUGCAUAGACUACCCCCGAUGAAUGCAUUUUCCUCAAAAGACGAUACAGUUGAAGAUAUAAAUGAAGAAGGCGAAAUAUUGGAAGAGAAGCCGUUAAUUGAUGAUAAAGGUAAACUGAAUAAAAUGGAAAUUAUUGACAAAAUUGAAGAGGUUGAAGAGGAACAUCUGCUUGAACCUCCAGAAGAGUUGAAAGCCGUUGUUAUUGAUAAUGAGGAGCUACAACUACUUGAAGAAUUAGUCGAACAACGACGUCCGCGGUCGUUCAAACGUAGAUAUGAUUUAACAAAACUUGGUCAAAUGAAAUCCCCAUGUCGAUCGCCUUUGAACCGAUCGCCACUAUCUCGUUCACCCAUUUCUAAAUCGCCAUCAAGAUCGCCAACUUCCAGUUUGAAUUCUCCUAGAGGCAGUAUCAGGAAACUUUCAGAUUUGAGUGAGGACCAAAUAGUACCCGACAUUGAGCGAAUCAAACGCAAAGAGAAGAAAAAAUUGACUUUAAAGACGAAACCUGAAGAUAAACAGAAAUUGACUAGCAAACUAAACAAAGGAGGUUCGCUAGAUACUAACGCGACUAAAGUUAGAGCUCUGCAGACUCAAAAGUCAUUACCAUCGUCAUUGAAAGAUCGGCCAGAUUUUUUGACUGUACCGCCGCUUGAAAUAGCACGUGCUAAAAGUCAAGAAUUGGAGCAAAGUGAGAGAAAAAAGUUGGGUAAAGAGAAAUCAAAAUCACUGGAGAAAAUGGAGUUAAAACGUGGAACUAGUAAAGAGAGAACUAAAUCUACAGAAGAAAGUGACACCGAAAUUGCUAAACGUAAAGAGAAACAGCAAAUGCUGUUCGAAGCAGCUUUAAAACAGACGAAGACUCUUAUAAGCCCAGUUAAAGAUACUAUGCCACCGUUCCCGCCACCCGAGGAUAAAAUUGUCGUUAAAACAGAGGGUGAUAAGAUUAUAAUAGAAACUAAAAUUAACAGCAAAGCUGAAGACCACGUAUUUAUUGCAAAAUCGCCAAAGAAAUUGGAUAACAAAUUAACUGGAAAAAUAAGCAGAAGUUUUGAAGACCAAAAAACUACAAAACCGACGGCUAAAAUGAAUAAAAGCAUGGAUGAUAAAUCGAGCCAAUCUUUAGAAGACAAAUUCGAUGAUCUCGCUGCGUUGCAAAAGUCACCAAAAACGUUAUCCAAGAAACAAGAAAUUAAACAACAGAUUGAGGGAAAAGUUGUUUAUCAAAAAAUGCAUCCCAGUGCGAAAUCUAGAAGCUUAGAUAGAAAGGUAGAUGUCCAUCUUGAUGCGAAAAUAAAGUCUAAAAGUUUAGACAGAAAUUAUGUCACGCCCCUGACAGCGGCUAUAACGCCAGACAGCGAGAGACAUUUCAAACAGGAGGUUGUCAAAGUGGAUGUCCAUCCUAGUGUGGAAGAAGAACCAGAAAUUGAACCUGCUUUGACAGAACCCGAAAAAAAUACAAAAGAAGUGAAAGAUGUGUCUCCUUCACAUAGCUACAAGGACAAGUAUGAAGACGAUUCAUCUAUUGAAUGGAUGACGAGCUCUCAACAUACUGUUAUUGAAAAUGACACACAGACUGUCAUAUUGGAACGCCGUCGUGUCGAUAUCUACAACAAACAAAGACAAACUGAACUGCAAGAAAGCAAGAGCAACCAAGACGUGCAUAGCUUGCUAUCAGAAAGAAAACCCGAAAUUGCUCGAUUGACAAGUGAAGAAGAAUCGCUAACCGAAGUCAGCGAAUUAAAGGUAUCCGAUGAAAGUCACAUGCUGGGUAUAUGUCUACCUUACAUUGAUGCCGAUAGUUCUUCCGAUCAAGAUGGAUCGAGAAAGGAUAAGAAAACUAAACUUUCACGGGGCAGAAGUGAUGAUACGGGGUCGUGGGCUACUGCUGACUAUGAAGAAUAUGUAGUAGAUACAGAGUUGCCCCUGUCUGACACCGGUGAAAGUACUAGAAAAAGUAAAGGCAAGCGAGGUUUAGAUCCUCAAAGCACGUUUGAUGAAUCUUCCGCGAGCUUAGUCGAGUUCUUGAGACACGAAUCGCAAUCACAGUUGCUAUCGGAACCUGAAACUGAAUCCAAGAAAACUCGUGAUCCGCCUAGGUCCAUUGAUUUUACUACUCUUAAACGUAAAAGUAAAAAUAAAAUUAUUGUUACACCGCCUCAAGAAAAUAGCCCGACUGUGGAAAACAUACCAUUUAUUGACUCAAGUUCGAAAUCCACUAAUAAAUCUGAAGGGGAACAAACUGGCAGCUCGGGAAGUGCUAAUGAUAUUUCGCCAACCGAUUUGAAAAAUGAUCAGAAAGCUUUAUUGUCGGCGAAAUCUAGGCGUAGCGAGCUAUUAAAGUUAAGUGCUGAACGCUCGCGAAGCUCUGAAUCAACGUCCUGGACGAGUAUUGAGAAAGAUGUCAGUCCAUCUAGUGCGCAUAUAAAAGGGAGUUCUAUUGAUGAUGAGUCUAGUGUCAGCUGCUCUAUUGCUAGACCUUUAGGCAUAUCACAGGAUAUAGAGAAACUUAACAAAAAGGACAGAGAAUGUUUAGAAGAGCUAAAACAAGCAAUGGAGUAUGGGGAAGAACAUUUGAUGUCUCAAACCAUUCUUUCAAGUGAACAAUCAAAAUCUAAUUCUAAGUCACCCUCACCUAUUCCUGAAAUGAGUCGGAUAGAAAGUCCACGUAGUCCACACAGUCCAAGGAGUCCUUAUGGGACGAGGAAAUCACCAACACCUACCUUAGAGAAGCAAGGGCCGGUAGAUUCUCAAAAAGCUCCGACAGAUUCAGAAUCUAGUUCUGAAAGUAUUGACAAAACUGUAGAACAGUUAUCAAAACCUAAAAAGAGUGGUUUGGACAAAAUAGGAAAAUGCGUUGUUGAAGAGUCUGAAUCUAGUCAGUCCGCAGCGUCGAAAGCGUCAGGCAUGCAAAAACCAGAAAAGAAAACAAAGAUUUCUAUUACCAUAUCUCAAGAAGAUCAAAAUACUACUGUUGAUUUUGAUGAUGAUGGAAAUGUGAUUACUUCGUCUUUCGAAAGAGAGCUGGCGAAAAAGCGAGCUAAAAGUCUUAGAGACGAUCAAAAAAGUUCAUCUAAAUCUAGUAUGGAUACUACAACUACUACAACUCCUUCUAAAGGAUCGCUCAGUGUUGAUGAUUCAUCCUCAAGGAGAAAACGAUUAGAUGAUCAGAAAAGCUCGUCUAAAUCGAGUGUGGAUUCUAGAGGUUCAUUGAGCGUAGAAUCACGGGGAUCGUUUGAAACAACUGAAUCUACUUCCGGUUCAUUAGGCGAGGCUUACCGGCGAGGAGAAGAGUUGAAACCAACCUGGCGGCCGUUCUUUGGUGCAUCUGGUAGUGAGAAUAGCACUAGUAUAGAAGAAGCAUGGAUACCUCAAGAUCAUGACGGAUAUGAAAGCCUGAAUGUCGGAAAAGAAGGCUUGGAAUAUAGCAAUCAAAGAUUAUUAGAUGAUUUCCAAACAUUCUCAAAGAAUCCGCCUUUGUCUGCUAAUACUUCGAAAGAUUCAACUGAGGCAGAUUUCACGGAUGACCUUAAUGACUUUCCGGUUAACUUGUUGUAUCCGGCAACGUCAUCAUCUACAUCGAAUGAUUUAGUUAUUGGGUACGGACAGAAUUUUGGCCGCACAUUGUCUCGAAUAUCAGAACGUAGUACUGCAUCUGAAAAAACGAGUGCUGAUGAAGACUCAACUAAAGCUUGCUCGCGCUCAGAGAGUAUCAAUGAAGAGUCAUUGAACUCCAGCGACCACCAGGCAAGUCUAAGUUCCGAUCCACCCAGUAAUGCAAAUGUGGCUUACAUAUCUGACACAGACAGGAGAACAUCGGCUGAAAUGCCCGACAUACCUAUCGACCAAACGAAAAUUAGUGAAAUGUACUCAGAGUCCAAAAAGGAAGCAGAGAGAAUGAGUAGACGGGAGGAAUGUUUAGAGCGGAAGAAGUCUACUGAAAGUCCUAAGACGCGUAAGACUGCUCCUAAGCCACCGGCAAAACAUUCAUCACCAAGUGACAGCCAAGAUUCCGAAGACUGGCCAUUACCAGAGCUGCCGCCAGUGGCACAAACUAUUAUAGUGACUGAACAUGACGAUUCUAAAAGAAGGAAAUCUAGUGAUGAAUGGCCAUCUCUUCCGUCGAGUUUACUUGAAACACCCAUUGUUGAAAAAGUGCACAUUUAUUAUAUGAGCAAUGAACCAGAACAAGCUACGCAAGUUAUUCUUAAGUCCGAAAGUUCUAAAGAUCAAUUGGAAGACUCGGAUGAAGAUAGUGACACACUAAACAACGAUGACGAACUUGAAAAGGAUGUUCCGGAAUCGAAAUCUGAAAAAUCUGCCGACAAAAGCAGUGAUUCUUUAAAGAAAAGUAUAAAAGUUAUACCUUAUGAGAAAUCGGGUUACAUGGUGGAGCCGUUGGAGAAACAUGACGAGUUUAAAAAUGUGGUAAAAUCUGAUAAAUCGUGUCUGAGUGGCACUAUAAGUAAAUCUUGUCUUAUGAGUGAUAUGGGCUCUUGUUGUUCUCGUGGUGAGCACAAGUCUUUCGUCAAAAGUAAUAUGGACGACAAGGUUAUCAUAAACCAACCUCAGAAGUCUCCUACUAAUCUUAGUCCAGUGUAUGAUGAUGAUCACUUAUUUAGUGACGACGUGUUUGGAGGUGACAGCAAGUCUCUGUCACCAGAUUUCGAUAAGUUUUCGCAACUUGGUACUCAGAAACUCUCUUUGGGUUCGAAUAAUUCUGAUACUUCUAUUGACGAUCUUUUAUCACAAACAAAUGCUGACGAAACUGUCCGUGUUGUAACCAAGCUUAGCACUGGCAGCGCGGGCACUUGUAAAAGAUGCAGUCAUAGCAGCCACUCAGAAGAAGAGACUAGCUCCUUUGGGACAGACUUAGACGGCACAGUCAAAAUUGGACUACCACAGAAGAAAUGUACUCACAGCUCACAUUCAGAAGAUACAUCCAUUUGCUUAAGCAUUUCCGAGUGGUCUACAGGGACUAAUACAGUUCGUCAAUACGCAAAUCUAUCUGCUUCUGAGAGUAUAUCCGGUGUAUCGAUUCAUAAAAGCGAAAAGUCUGAAAAUGUAUCCGGUAAAGCCUUUUCCGCAUCCCAUACGAGUAAAAAGUCGGAACAAAAGAAAGAAAAGCCUAAAAUAGGUUCUCAAGCUGAACCAAGCUCUAAAAGCAGCAGCUUAGACAAAAGUUCUGAAAAUAUUAAAUAUGACAAGUUGUGUAGUUCGGAAACGACAAUAUCAAGGAAAGGUGUCGAUAGCAGUUCAGGUACCAAAAGUGAUAGCACUUUGACUCUAGCCCAGUCAAUAUCCGACUGGUCAGCGAGUACAAGCCAUACUUUAGUCGCCACUGCUCGAGAAGACGAACAAGAGGCAGACAAUACAAAAUCUGAUGACACCAUAGUCAAAGAACUGCCUCAAAUAGAAGAAAAAAUAGAAGAACCAUCAACUUCUAAGAAGAUAUCGCCUACCAAAGAAAAUCUGGAUACUAAGGAACCCGUAUUAAGAUUGACCGCUACAUAUGCUGUCAAAGGUGAAAAAUCUUCGUCAAUAAGUUACAGUGAUAAGUCUGAUAAAUCGAGCUCCAGUUCUUUAAGCAGCCUGCAAAGACAUGCUAAUGGCGUAAUGAGAUUUGAACAAAGAUUGAAAGGGUUCCAACCACUUGACGCUACUCAUGAGCGAUACCAGAAAGCUCCACCCAAAAGUAUGAGUUACGAGGAACAAAGCCAAAGAUAUGCAAAGCCUACCGCUCGGUGUCAAAGUGAAGAUAGUGGUUUCAAACCGUAUUUCGUAGCAGAACAACCUGAGUUGGACAUUGAUAUGCCAUCACAGCUUUACAGCCAAGAAGAAAAGCAUAGCGAACGUUACCAGAGCCAAGAAUUUUCUAAUAUCAUUCGCGAUGAAGCUAGUAAUCAAUUUAUUCGUUCCGAUUAUAAACCUCUAGCAAAACAUGCAAGCUAUGAUGAUAAAACUCUAUCUAAACAUCAAAUAAAAGAAUAUAAAACUUCUCAGCAAUAUCGCAGUAAGCCUAAAAGCUGGUCCUUCCAUGAACAUUAUUUAAGUUCAUCGGAAUUGCCAGUCAUAGCAGUGCCAGAAAUGCCAUCCGUACACAGAGAGUUGCAAGAGAAAAGGUCUGGGGAUAGAUCUGGAAAGACCCCAUUAUCUAGAUGCUCUCCGUAUUAUUCGAGUAGUUUGAGCUCGGAAUCCCCGCCUAUACAACCACUGAAAGCGCCUGUCAAGAAAUCACUUCUUGUGAGAAAUAUUUCAUUGAAGAGUCCACCUAGUGGAAAUGAUACAGAUAGUUCUCUAGAUGUAAUAAGAGAUCCUAGAGAGCGAAUGAGGACAUUUAGACGUAAAAAACAAGUUGCCAGUGGCAGAAAACGUCAGGAGAAAAUACAGGAUGUCCUGGAGGAAGAUUCUACAAAGAGUCAGUGUUCUUCAGAGAGUGAUAAACUUCAAGGGGCCAAAUAUCUCACCGUCGACGAAAAUGUGCGUCGCAUGGAGAGUUCAGAAUGUUCUGACAGCUAUCUCCCAGAAGUAGAAUCAGGCUCUUCUGAAAUGUCAAAAGGUGAUUCUAAACACUACGACACACAAGAAAUUGCUAGCUAUUCAGAAGAUGAGGGUCAAGAAGAUUAUGAAAAGUAUCAAAAUAAUACUUACGAGGCACAACAAUUUCCAAUAAGUAUUACACCAGUACAAUUUCAAGGUUUUGGAUCUUCAGCCGAUGAAGAUGAAAUGGGCUUUCCAAGGUUUGACAGACUUGGUAGAUUACGUCAUCCAUACCUGGAUUCUCAGGAACCACAAUAUGUGUCAGAGGAUAGUCCACCUCGAGUGUCUUAUUCAAACAAAAGUAGUCGACAAUCUUCAUUGAAGAGGGCAAAGUCUAUUUCCCAACAUCGUCAUUCAGAAGACAAGUCCCUUGGUGAGCCUUCUGGACAACAACAGCCUAGAGAAGUAUUCUAUGACGAACAAAGCGAUCGGGAUGAUUCCGACGAUUACGCUUAUCCGAUCGAUACCAUAAAACGUGCGCCAAAAAUGUCAAAAUCUGGUAGCUACUUAUUCGAGCGUAGCGAAACAGUAGCUUAUUCUGACACUGAGUUGUCACAUGAAAAGGAUGAAUAUGAGGAAUAUAGGGGCAGUCCGUACCCGGAGCAUUAUGAGGAAAUUGAGAUGUUCCAAACACAGGAGUGUUACCCUCAGUAUGAACAAGAAUUUGACGAAGUUAGGGAUGGCAACGAAGAGCGCUACUCGCGCGAUCUUGACCAACGAUUUAGUCUGAACAACGUGGAACGGUUUUAUUCUAGUCACUAUGUAGACUCGCAAGCUUCUAGCGACAGCCCUGAGCAGAAGUUUGAUGUCUCCACUCUCCCACCACCUCUUUGCUCUGAUGAUGAAAUCGAUUAAUGCACCUUUUAAAUAAAACAAUUUUAGAUAAUAACAUUUAGUUCUUCGUCGUCUUCUCUCGUGUGUUGAAUGGAUGUUCGUUAUUUGGUAUGCGUGCGUCUGCGUGCUGUUUUAAUCUGCGUUUCGAAAUUAAAAUUCUGAUUAACGCAAUUAAUUGUUAUAUUGGUAUUUGAUAUUAGGGUAUAUUAUUACAUUGAAUAUUUACAUUGUCACUUUGAAUACCUAUUUAGAAAAUUGAUAAAACAUAUUAUAGUGCCAUUCCCAGAUAGAGCGACCCUUUGACUAUCGUGUAAGAUUUAUGCGGACUUAUACCUAGCUUACUAAGUAAUUAGGUGUAGUAUGUGUACUGAUCGAAAAUUAUUCAUCUUCAACAUUUUAUUCACGAAAUUCUGGUCAAUAAUUCAAUGGUAACUAUUCCUAAUCAAAAUGUUGUAAUUUGCGCAAAUAGAUGUAUAAAUGUCGAUCAAUGGUCAACACAAGUAAACCACUACAUUUGGUAAGUACAAAAUCAAGAAUAUUUUACUUCACACGCCAAACUUGCCAUUUGAAAUGUACCAAUUGUCAUUUCUAUAUCAAUUGUCUGUGCGAGUUACAUCUAGAUUUAUUUAGGCGACCUAGAGCUAAAGCUUUGAGGUAAUGCGAUACAGGUAUAAAACGUGUAGUGCCAAAUUUUUCCUUGUUGAAUAUUUUUAAAUUGGUUUCUGAAAGUGCUGAUUCUAAUAAGAAAAUUCGAUUUACAUCGCCAUUUCAGAAAUCAAAUGUUCGUAUACCCUUUAUACGGUACGUAUAAAAUAUAUCCAAAGAAAAUAGUAUUAUGUGUAAAGGCUGUGAUUUUAUUUGUGUGGUGAGAUCCAGGAUCUUAGUUGCUUCAUUUAGAUAUUUAUUGCUCAAGGUACAUCCUAAAAAGUUAUUGUUUUUAGUAAAAACACAUUAUAUCACUUGAUUACUCAAAACAUAUUUAAAAAAUGAAGUAUGGAUUCUUCUCUUUUAAGUAGUCAAGCUCUGAAGAGUCAUUUCACGCUUCAUUUCUCACAAAUUUGACAAAAGCGGGAUCUGUAUUCGUGCCAAAACUGCUCAAUUUUCCACACUUGUUAUGAUAUUUUUUAAUUGUUUUCGGAUAAAAAUUGUCUUACUAUAAGGUACUAUGUAAUAGAUUGGUUAGAUAUGCGAAAUUGUAUCGUGUGGUUGAAGGAAAAGUGCUAAUUUAGCAAUCAUCGAAAAUCGUGUUGGGUAGAAAAGUUGUAUUAUUUUGCAAUAUUAUUGUUGUAUCGAAACUAGUAUACUUUUGUUGUAUUCUAAUAUGAAAAGAUCUCUUUCAAAUAUUAAUUUAUUCUGCAUCGGUAAAUUAAACAUACGUGGCGUACGGACUGUUCGCGCGCUAUAGAUUUAAAUAAACACAAAAUUAGUUAUAAUGACACAAACUUAUUGGCCGAUGUUAAAGUUAAUUAGAAAUUGCAUCGAUAUGAAAUUGGCUUAACAAUAUCGAACUUUACGACAGAAGUUUACAA